UUACGUUUGUCCCCUCUUCCUCUGAGCAGCGCUGAGUAUUCCUCAGAGUUGACGGACAGCCGCUAACCAAACCCGGCUGGUGCAGAGCGGACUGAGCCGGGGACUGCGCACCACCUCCGCCCGCAGCGGCCCGGACGAGGGCCGGGAUGGCGUCGCUCGGCGCGGGGCUGCAUGUCGUCCGCAGGCGGGGAGCGGGCAGGAGCGCCGUGGUGGAGAGGAGGAACCUGCUCACGGUGUGCAGGUUUUCAGUGAAGACUCUGCUGGACCGCUCCUGUUUCGAGACGAUCGACGACGGAUCUCAAGAGUUCGUUAACUUUGUUUCCAUCCUGGAGCAAAUCCUCAGUCAUCGCCUCAAAGGUCAGACAACUUGGUUCGGCAAUGAGAGUCCUCGGAGUUUCUGGGAUUACUUAAAAGCCGCCUGCAGCAAAGUCCCUCAUAAUUGCAUCCGAAGCAUCGAGAGCAUGGAGAACGUGCGAUCAUCGAGAGCUAAAGGCCGGGCUUGGAUCAGAGUGGUCCUGAUGGAGAAACGAUUAUCAGAAUACAUCUCAUCUGCACUGAAGGACUUAAAAAACACAAGGAGGUUUUACGAGGACGGAGCGAUCCUGCUGGGCGAGGAGGCGGGGCUUCUGGCUGACACACUCAUCGCAAUCAACACCAUCGACUUCAGCUUCUGUCUGAAAGGAGAUAGUCUGGAUGGCAGCUGCCCCGCUGUGAUCGACUACACGCCUUACUUGAAGUUCACCCACAAUGUGGACAGCAUCAGCAGCGACGAGGAGGAGAUGAGGACGCUGGGGAGCAGCGGCAGCGAGAGGAGCACUCCCGACAAGAUGGCCACGGCUGCCUCCAUCUUCACAGAGCAGAGCAACUUGGUCAGCAAGUGCAAGCGCUUUGAGCAGAAGUACCGGAUGGUGAUUGAGCAGAAGGGUUACCUGGAAGAGCUGGUCCGGCUACGAGAAGCCCAGCUGUCUGAGGCUGUGUCUCAUAACAAAGCUCUUCAGCAGAGCCUAGCAGACACACACCUCUCCCACACACUGGAGAAAGAACAGCUUAAGUACAUCGUACUGGAACUGCAGGACCAACUGACGGUGCUGAAGAACAAUGAUUUGCAGUCCAGGCAAGAGUUGACAGCCCAUCUGACCAAUCAGUGGCCAUCUCCUGUCGCCUUGGAUACCAACGCAGUCGCCUUGGACACACUGCUGUACAGGAAGAGCAGGGGACAGUGGGAGGUGAAGGGUUUCCCGAGUCUGCAGCAGCUGUCCGCAGACAUGAGUCUCUCCCAGACGUCUCUUGAACCGUCGCACACCCCGAGUCUGGAGGGCCGGCCGGGCGGCACACAGUGGCGUCACCCAGGUAAAGAGGAAACUCUGUCUCUAAGAGGUCUGUGUGGCUCCCUGACCUCAGUCGCCAGCUACAAGUCGCUGGGCAGCCUGAGGUCCAGCGAGUGUUUGGCCAGUCCUGCAGCAGAGAUCAGCAGUCCUGGCUUCAGCCCCUCGUGAGGAACGGAGAGCUGGAUGAACAGAUCUCCACCAGGGGCCGGACAAUGCAGGGACUUUUCUAAAUGAAGAAGUUUUAUAUUGAUUUGUAGACCUUCAGUGUGUGAGUCCAGAGCUUUAACAGAUGCAAGUUGGGUUUACAAGUUGAAAAUCUUGUGUAGCAAGUUCUUUGAAUUGUGUUGAAUCUCAGAAGCAGCUCCAGGAGAUGUUCAAUUAAUGUACCGUUCAGCUAAAGAUCAAAAGAUUCCCCAAGAGAUUUUAGCAAAAUGCUAAUGGUCCCUUUCCUGCAGAUGAUUAUUAUUUCCUGUGCCAUUGCUGCUGCUGCUGCUAAAGCAUUCAUGUAUCUAGUAUUAUCUUUGAUUUACGAUGAAUGUAACCCCACUUUUGUGACAUUCCGUCAAAUAUUUGCUAUAAUGCUGUGUCGCAUUUUGUGUAAGGUGUAAGUGUUUUCUCAGCUUUUUAUUUGAUUAUGGUUAUGAUGUCAGUGUUGUGCAUAACUUGUGCAAUAUGUUUAGUUCUCAGGUGUUAAUGCGUUUGAUUAAUGUUUACCAUUCACGUCUAGGUUUACUUUAAAGUUCAGGUCAAUGAGACAAAGACUCCUGUUAUUAUUUAUGUUAUUUAUUUUAGUGCACACUGCCAUGCAUUUGUGUGACCAUCAAAGGCUGCUUGCACAAGUUUAGCCUGCAUUUCCUGUGUACCAGCAGCCAGGUCCUCAUUUUGUCAAGCUUUCAACCUUGAACAUUUUGAGUGUAUCUCCAAAUAUAAUCACAAAUGUAAGCUGGUAAAGAUCAGCAAAAAACAAUGUUUGAAUACGCUGUCACGUUUGUAAGAUGAUAGACUGUCAACUUAAAUGCAGAGGACCAAUGAUCUGCCGCCCCAACAUAAUGAGUCAUGUGGAAUUUUUAUUGAAGUAACAUUUUGUGACUCCUCCCCGUUUAUGGUUUUUUUUAAAUAGUGGAAUAGAAAAAAUAGCAAUCUCCUCAAGUAAACCAGAUUGCUUCGUCAGAUAAAAACAAAAAACGCCAAUAAAGUUCCAUCUGUUCAGACAAAACACUCUGCAAAAAAUUGCAGCUGUGAUUAACCUGUUUUGCACUUCACAAUUAUUUAAAGAUUACAAUAGUCCAACCUCUGAAAAUGAUCAAAUAUUUGGCAAUAAAGAGUUUUACACUUUGCUGUUUCAAGACAACAGUAAGGUGCAAAACAAAAUUAGUGCAUAUUUGUAAAACAGGUUUCAUUAGCAAAUCUUUUCUAAUGGGGCUAAUGGGGCUUAAUGUUGAUCUUGGAUCUGUGUUGAGUGAGGGAACCACAGUCCACUUCCUUUUCUACUUUUGUAAUAUGGAAAGUUCUUCAAAUAAUUUCUCUAUGCGCCCCACCUGCAAUACCACUGCGACCCACUAGAGGGUCACACCCUCCAGUUUGAGAAACAUUACAGUGGAGUAUUCAUCCCUGUGGAAGAACAAAAUAAAUAACUUUUUGAGGAAUUUGUUAAGCCAAAAGGUGAGAUCAUCUAUAAUAUGAAUUAUGCUGGGUGACGACUGAUACGAUUUAAGAAACUUCACGUCACCUUCCAUUACAGCACUCUAGGAAAAGCAAAAGGAAUUCAGUGCUAUUGAUGAUAACUGUUAUUAUUGCUCUCAAAACAUCUUUCUCUGCACAGACGUCUGUGUGUCCUUUUUUUCAUAGGACUUUUCAACCCAAAUAUGUUUGUUUUGUCUUGGCGAAAAGUCACUCACUUUCGGUCAAACAUUUUUUUUUAAAUGUCAUGGGGUAAAAAGCAAUACAAUAAGAAAGUAAAAAUAUAUUUGGUUAAAAAUGUAGAAAAAAAGUAAAUAAUAGGUGGUCAAAUCUGAAGAAAAGUAAAUACUAUUGGGUCGAAAGGGUCAUGGAAAAAAGGUUAAAUCUUUUGGGAUGAUAAAUGCCACGGAGACAGAGGUAAAAAUAUAUUGAGUUAAUAAAUCACAUGGAAAAUGAGUACAAAUAUUUUGGGUAAAAAAUGUAACGAAAUUAAUAUCUUUGCAUUUUGUUUUGACUAAACUCAAGUUUUAUUUUGUGAUUUUCACUUUUGUUUACUUUUUUUAACUUAAAUUUUACUUAUUGUUGUACAUGAAGUCUGUUAUAAUUAUUACAAUCCACAAUUAUUACCAGGUGUUGUAUUAUUACCAUCAAUUUAACUGUGCUUGAGGGUCCCAGCUCAUUUCCACCUGUGUUUUCCCAUUGCUAGAGUUGGACCCACAGUGUGUAUACACACCACACCUGCUAUGAAGGGAAAACCUGUUUUAUUAGUUGGUGAAGUACAAAUAUACCUUAUAUUCCCACUUUGUUCUCCAUUUACUCUAUGCUGAUAAAAGGCCGUGUAAUGUAUGGUGCACCCUUUUUAAAGGUUGAUACGCCCCAAAACUAAACACUCUUUUCAAAGUGAAUGUACCUGCCCAAAUGGCCAAUGUUUGCCAUGUGAUAGCAGCACUGAAACUGGGCUCUGACGCAAGAAUGAUGUCAAACUGGGUAUAAGAGUUGUGG